AUGGCCGAAGUUGACGGCAUUGGAACGGCGACAGAAAGAUUGCUGUGUAGAGUUCAGAAAUGCGAGGACCUGCUCUGCAAUAUGAGACAAGUAGUGAACAAGGUGUACGGCUGCAUAACGGCCAACCCGAUGACGAGGUACGAGUCGGAGCACAUCUGGGCCUGCCUCUUCAACCCUGAGGAGAUGCCCAACAUGAGCAACGAAGAUGACACCGGACUUACUGAGAUGCAACUUAAAACCUUUCACACACAGAUCACUAAGAUUGAUUGUGAAGCGAAAAUUAUUGAAAGAAGUCUCGUGAACGUAGAAGCCAUGAAGAUCGAUGUCAAGAACUUAUUCUCAGUGGUGAACGAGUUAGAUGAUAACAAACUGGACAAAUGCCUCUUAACCUCUGAACUUGCAAAGAAAGCCGACAAGAACCUAGCGGAUGGAAUGGUGAAUCAGUACUGCUUCCAACAGACCUGCGAAGGCCUGCAUUCAGUCAUCAAUGAAAUUUUGUCCAGGAUACUAGAAAAUGACAAAGAGUGCCACAAAAUCAUCUCCUACCUGACGGCUAAGAUCAACACGAAAGCCGACCACGAGGACUUCUUGACACUGAAGGAUCAAGCGGAGAAUAAACUUCGCUGCCUGGCUAGGAAGCUGACAACUUUACACAAAUAUCGCACCAACAACAGCCUCAACAAUAACAUCAUUUCAUCCGCUAACGCUAAAGUGAAUGCUAACGCGAAUAACCAAAUGAAAGCAAAAGGUUUGAAGUCUCCUAAAUUGGCUCCAAUUUCGUUGAACAACAACGCCGACAGUAACCAUGCAACUACUUCAACACGCAGCAGCAUAGUGGCCGCUGCUGUUGCGACGUUGGCCACUAACAAAGCCACUCCUGACUGCGACAAUCGAAUGAAGAAGAAAAUAAAAAAUAAAUUGGUGCCCAUACCUCGACCACUGACUGCAAACAGUGACCUCAAAGCCGGGACAUCAUCUCAGAAGAGGGUUUCGAAUAACGCCAACAACAACAACAACAGCAGUGUCAACGUUAACAAACCCAGUCGCUGUAACAGUAGUAGCAACAUCAAAACUAACAGAAUCGUCACCGCCAAUAACGGCAACCACCAAAACAACAAUAAUAAUAACAACAACAACAAAGAUAAUAGCAACAAAAAUGAUGAUGAUGGUAGUAAUAAUAAUAAUAAUAAUAACGAUCACAACAACAACCAAGCUUGGCCAAGUGAUAACAAUAACAAUGAAGACAUUAACGACGAAGAUAAUGAAGAUGAUUACGGCGAUGAUGAUGGUGGUGAUGAUAACGGUGAUGAUUCCGAUAAAAUCCAUGAAUACGAUGAUGAAGAAAAUGAUGAUGACGAUGAUGAUGAGGAUGAUGAUGAUUGUGAUGCUGAUGAAGAAGAAUGUAAAAUUGCAGAUGGAGAACGUAAGUGCGAACAAAAUCUUGAAAAUAAAAUUUAUUUGGAGAAUAACAACAAAGAGGACGAUAAAAUCAAAAAUGACAAAUGUGACGAUGAUGACGUCAUCAUCAUAAACAGCAACAACAAUAACGUCACGCAUUACAACAACAUUGACGAAGACGCCUAUUGUAUCACGUUUAACAACAACAAUGAUCUCAUGAUAAACAACGACAUAGUGAACAUCAACAUUGAGACCAACAACAUCGCAUCGGCUAACAACGAGACAAGCAACAACGUGUUAGCAACCGGCUUAGGCAACAACAUGUUAGCAACCGGCUUAGGCAACAUCAGUCUCAGCAACCACAUUCUCAACAACGGCAACAACAGCGACGGUGGCGAUACGGUGUUGGACGAGGAGGAUAUGUCACUCAUCGCUCAUCUGCUUGACUACCAAUGCUACAACAACGACGAACUUUACGAUGACUUCUACGACAGCCUGUUCAACAAGAGCAACCAAACCUUCAACAACAGCAAUAACGACGACGUUCACAUCAUGGACUCAGCUGAUGUUGAGGUUGACGAGAAUUUAAUAAGAAAUGAAUCUGGCAACAAUGCAAAAACUGAACAGGAAACUAAACCAACUACUGAACAGCAGCAACAACAAAAAGAAAACAACAUCAGUCAAGUGGAAGAGAACUUCAACAGCGAUUCAAAAACCAACAUAAACAACGGCUUGAACAACGAGAAUGGCGCCGACGAGAAGCAGCGCAACACCAGCUACGCCGACAACAACCUCGACAACAACCUUGACAAACAUCGUACAAGGCCCAUCACAAACAUGACGCCGGAUGAACUUAAUAUUGAAAUCCUCAUCCAAGAAGCAGUUAAAAGAACGAUCAACGGCAAAUUAGAAGCCUUGUACAAACAGUACGGUGCCGAUUCAAGUAGAAAUGAAGCCGAAAGUAGCAGCAACCACCACUCAAACAACAUCGACGCUGGCAGUGACGAUAUGCACAUUUGCGAGCCUGAUUUAAAUGCUAAUAUUGAUCCCAACGCCAACAAUGAUGGUGACAGCGAUAAUCUUGUUGCUAGUCGUGACAGCAAUACUAAUGUAUGCAACAAUGUAGAUGACGUGUUGUCGGGUUAUCACAGUGAAAUGAACGACCUAACAGCCAGAUAUAAACAAAUUCUCGCAGAAUAUUACAGCAGAACAAACAUGGAAAACAACGACGACAGUAACAACAACAAUAGCAAUGAAAACAACAAUAACAACAACGGAAAUGAUGAUAUCGUCAUGAAAUUGUACAAACAAUUCACGAAUAAAUUAAAAUACACAAAACAUCCAAGUGAUAAAGAAAAGGAAGGUGGCAAAAAUGAUAAGAACGAUGAUAAAAAUGAUAACAACAAUGAAAAAUGCAGCCUGGACAAAAUGAUGGAAGAUUUGAACAGUAUAUCACUCGGGUGUGAUGGAAAAACUUGCAGGUGCUCAAAAGGAUGUUGCAAUUGA